UCCAAUUGUGAAUACUCAAAAAGGAGGGCCCCAAGCCUACACUGAAUGAAAGAGUUACCAUCAAUCAUAUUCUAUCAUAGUUUAAUACAUCAUCAGCAAUGUCACAAUCUUUAAAACCAUACUUGACGGCCGUGAGAUCGUCAUUAACGGCAGCCAUAUGUGUUGAGGAUUUCUCAUCCCAAUUGGUGGAAAGACACAAUAGACCUGAAAUAGAGGUUGAUAAUACUCAUAAUCCUGAAUUAAUAUUGAAUCCCAUGGUGAUUGCUAGAAAUGAAAAUGAAAAGAUCUUAAUUGAACCAUCGAUUAAUUCAGUAAGAGUUUCGAUUAAGAUUAAACAAGCUGAUGAAAUAGAACAAAUCUUGGUUCAUAAAUUCACUCGAUUCUUAACUUCGAGAGCAGAGAAUUUCUUUAUUUUAAGAAGAGUCCCUAUAAAAGGGUAUGAUAUUUCAUUUUUAAUCACAAAUUUUCAUACUGAACAAAUGUUAAAGGAUAAAUUAGUUGAUUUCAUUAUAGAGUUUAUGGAAGAUGUGGAUAAAGAAAUUAGUGAAAUGAAAUUAUUCUUAAAUGCUAGAGCAAGAGUUAUCGCUGAAGCUUAUUUAACUCCAUUUGAUUAACUUAGGUCUAUUUUGUAAUAUAUACAUACACAUAUUAUACAUGAAUUGAAAUAUAAAAAAUAAAAUAUUAUAUAAUGAUG